UCUGGAUCCGAACACCAUGGAUAUACACCUGCUACUCCUCGAUUUUCUUAUUGCUGUUCAGGCUCUGAAUCUGGAUGUUCAGAACCCACAAAUAUUCAGUGGGCCCCAAGGCAGCUACUUUGGAUUUUCUGUGGAUUUCUAUCAGGCUGUAGAUAAAGGGAUGAACGUACUGGUUGGUGCGCCACAACUGCAGACAAAUCAGCCAGAAGUCACAAAGGGUGGAGGAGUGUUCUUGUGCCCCUGGAAUCCACCAGGAAGAAACUGCACCUUGGUAGAGGUGGACAGGGCAGGGGAUGUGGUCAUACAGUCUUCAGAUAUCACUCAGAAAGUCUUUAAGUCCAACCAGUGGUUAGGAGCCUCAGUCAGAGCCUGGAGAACCAACAUUGUGGCUUGUGCCCCGUUGCAGCAUUGGAACUUCCUGAGGAAUGAUAAGGAAUCUGGCGUAACCCCUACCGGGGCGUGCUACCUAUCUAGCAACCAGCGGGACUUCCACGAAUACGCUCCAUGCCGUGAUGUCAGAACAAGUCCAGAGUACACGUAUGACACGGUUCCAGAUAAGAGAUACUGUGAGUUGGGAUUCAGUGCAGAAAUACGCAAGGAUGGGAUUUUGUUGGUUGGAGCCCCAGGAGGCUAUUUCUUUCAAGGUUUAUACGCCACUCUGGACCUUACUACCCUCCCAAAAGGAAAACCAUCUCUGUCAUUGUUCCGGGCAUAUCCUGGCCAGAAGUUGAUGCCAUAUAGGAAUACAAUGGAAAAUUCAUACAAAGGUUUCUCGGUAGCGUUCGGAGAGUUUACAGCAGAUAAAAAUCCAGAACUGGUUAUUGGGGCCCCAGGAUACAAGGAUAUGGGCAUUGUUGAAAUUGUUGGCAACCAUAAUAUACGGAUUCUUAUUUACACCUUUAUUGGAGAUCAAGUUGCGGCGUAUUUUGGUCACUCGGUGGUAGUGGUGGAUAUUAACAAUGAUGGGAAAGAUGAUGUGGUGGUCGGGUCUCCUCUGUACAUGGAACGACGGACAGGUGGAAAGCUGGUGGAAGUUGGACGCGUCUAUGUAUACCUGCAGAAAUGGAGUGGCAGGCUUCGCUUCGAUCAACAAAUCCUGAGUGGGUUUCAAGCAUAUGGACAGUUCGGGGCUUCCAUCUCUUCUCUAGGGGAUCUGGAUCAAGAUGGGUACUCAGAUGUAGCCGUGGGGGCUCCUUUUGGAGGCAGGAAUGAGGGUGGCUGUGUGUAUAUUUACAGGGGCCAUGCCUCUGGGGUGUUCUCCCAACCUUCACAAGUCUUGGAAAGCCCUCUCCCACAUCGUUCCAGGUUCGGUUUCUCACUGAGAGGAGGGACCGAUAUUGAUGCCAACGGUUAUCCAGACUUGCUGAUUGGUGCAUUUGAAGCUGAAAAUGUGUAUUUAUACAGGGCUCAGCCUGUGGUUCACCUUCACACCACACUUUUCUUCAAUCCAGAUGCUAUUAACCCAGAAAAGAAGGACUGUUACCAGAGAGAUACAGGGGCGGCUGUAAGCUGUUUCACCCUCUAUGUGUGUACUCAAGUCACUGGGCGAAGCCUGCCAAGGAAACUCGAAAUCUCCGCUGACAUCCAACUGGAUCGACAGAAGAGCAAACAUUCCCGAAGAACUUUAUUCCUGGAUUCUUCUCAAGCGAGUAAAACCAUUGCUAUCAGCCUACAGAGCAACUCAGAGCUGGUCUGCAGUAACUUAACUGCCUACUUACGGGACAAAUCAGAGUUUAAGGACAAGCUAAGUGCUAUUGUUGUUAGCGUGAACUUCAGUCUUGUGAACGAGCAGUUGGCUGACACCAUAAAGCCCACGUUACACGGAUCAACCUUCUUACAGAACCAGACUUACAUUUUAUUGGACUGUGGAGACGACAAUAUCUGCAUCCCAGAUCUGCAUCUAAGUGCCACCUGGCCUGACGAGCCUCUCCUCAUUGGUGCUGACAAUCUGGUACAUGUUCAUUUCAAUGCGUCAAACUUUGGUGAAGGAGCCUAUGAAGCUGAGCUGUACGUCAGGCUCCCUGCUGGAGCUCACUAUGUGGGAGUUUUUCAGGAGAGUGAGGAGAAAAUAGCCUGUGCGCCAAAAAAAGAGAACGACACAGAGGUUGUGGUUUGUGAGUUGGCAGAUCCCAUGAACAAUAGGAUGGAGAUACUUGCAGACUUGCAGCUAAGUUUCAGUAACCUGGAGAAUUCUGGAAGCAACAUCACAUUUCCAAUGCAAAUAAAGAGCCGUAACAGUCAGAAUUCAAGCAACCCUGUCCUAUCGGUGCAGUUGGCCGUCACUGUGAAGGCAUCACUGGAACUUCGUGGGAGCUCACACCCCGCUGAAGUGGUUCUUCCUUUAUCCAACUGGGAACCUCGCACAGAUUCGAAAAAGCCUCACGAUUACGGGGAGGAAGUCAUACAUGUUUACGAGUUACACAAUGCCGGCCCAAGCUCAGUGCAUGUCCAGUUAGUUGUACAGAGCCCAGAAAGCUACCAAGGCGAUUUCUUCCUUUAUCCUCUGGACCUGGAGGUGGACAGUGAAAUGGUCUGCAGCAAACAAUCAAGACUAAAUCCUCUGGAGCUGGACAUCCCCACAGCUACUGUAGCGCCAGCAAACUUCAGCAGAGGUGGAGAUCACCGGCUGAACAAAAGACAUGCAGCCAGUCAGGACGUGGAGGACGGGAGAAAAGGCGGAGGUCAAGACAAUUACACCGUGACAGUAGAGGGGACAAAGCACAAGCAUCCCAUUCUAUUGAAUUGCAGUAGCAUGCCCUGCUGGAAGGUCCAAUGUUCUAUACAAAAUCUGGAGCGGGAUCGAAGAGCAACUUUGAAACUACACAGUAUCCUCUGGGUACCCAGCUUCAUGAAGAGACCCCAGGAGCAGUUCACUCUGCUUUCUCAAGGUUCCUUCCAGGUAACUGGUGUCCCGUACAGAAUUCAACCUGAAACCCUGCUGUCCAGCGAUACCACAGCAGACACAAAGGUUUUGUGGGUGAGCCCUGAUGGCCAAAAAGAAAUUCCCCUCUGGUGGAUAAUUGUGGGAGUCCUUGGAGGGCUACUUAUUUUGGCUCUCUUUAUAUUCAUCAUGUGGAAGCUUGGAUUCUUCCAGAGAACACGUCCUCCUACAGACGACCAAGAGGAAUUAACCAAUGAGCAGUAGAGACAGACCUCUUACUCUACGAUAUUCCCCGGAAUCCCCGUCUACAACUUACUAACAAGCUGCCCCCUGUUACUCGCUUGAACCUUUCAUUCUUGUGCCCUGCAGAAUUUAGCUGCCCAGUUCCCUGCCCACCAACAAACAUGCAAACCACUUAAACUACUACAAGCUCCCAAAAGUCCCGUGUGUUUAUAAACUUUUAGAAAAAUUCCCCAAAAACUAGCCUUGCCGAAGCAACUGCCGAUGUCCACGUUUCACUAAAACAACUACCUUGAAUGGCAAAUCUUUUUGCAAACUCACCUUGAUACCUUUGAAGGCUGAUAUCGAGGGAGGGCAGCCAAGAGGACAAAGAGUCCGGGCAGUCUUACCAGCACCACCUCCAUAUUAAUGCCCCCUGGAUUCUUUAUUUACCUUCAUGGGCAUCUCUACCUUUUCCAUCUGUUUUGUUGACAGGAGGUCCUGGCCCGUUGUGCACUGAUCUCAUUACAGAGGUCAUGUGACAUACAGAUCUGGGGUCUAUAUGUUUGAGCCUUUAUGUUUAAAUUUUGAAAAUUUUGGCCUAGUUUUAACCACGUGUCUGUUUCUCCGUAACCGAACCUGCGUUAGUGUUAUAGACCAGUGGUUUGUUGAAAGAACAACAGACGUUAUUGCAUUUCUAAAUGGAUCAUAUAACGUAUGUGAGAAAAAGGUACAAAUUGCACUGAGCAUUCAGUAACUCCAGACAGAAUCUUGAAAACUUUUAAAUUUAAAAUGAAACCUCUAAAAGGAUAUACGAACGGGUGUUACGAGUGUAACAAGAUACAGUCCUAUAAUUUCAAUAUUCAGCCUUCUGUGUUACCACCUAGAUUUUUUGUUUUACAUUUUAUGAAAGAAAUAAAGCUAUAAUUUAUGUUUA